CUCUAAUCUUACAUGUUUCAGGAUGCCGCAGAAAGCUCUGUUCAACAAGGCUCGAAAGACGCAGGGAAAAUCGUUGGCUGCGAAUCGGCACGGAAAGAUCUUGAAGCAAAAGAAAGGCAAAUUCGCCCUGCAGCCGAAGCGAGACUCAGCCAAGAAGAUAUUGGAUGAUGGAAUGGAACUGACGAAGGCCAUAAAUAAAAAGAACGAGGAAGCAGCCGCCGGGAAGGCCGAACAGAGUGGGGGCAGGCUAGGCAUCGUGAAGGCACCACCAAGCGCAGACAAGGACAGCAAAUACGGGCCCAAGAAGCCCAGGUAGAGCAAGCAUGGGGCUGCUGUAAGAGCAGUCAUGGCAGUACAAAUCAAAGC